AUGGGGCAGGCUGGAUCCGUGCAGCAGCAGCACGCUCUACGCAACGUACUGUCGCUGCGUGCUGCACCACGAAACGUUAGUGACACGGAGCUUGAGGAGGUGCUUCGUACCUUCUGCGCUCUCUUUCCACUUGAGCUCCAAGUACCCGAUGCAAGUUUUAGUAAUGUCGUGCGUGUCGCCGUAAAACAGCGACGUCUCUUUGACGUCAUGCACGAGUUACUACAAGAGCAGACAGUGCAGCUGCAAGUCCAUAAUGGGCAGGACAUGACCCCGCUCAUUCUCCAGAGCUUUCGGCGUGUGAUUCGGUGGCGAGAGCUCUAUAAACUCUGUGCCAAGUGCUCGUUGAAGCCUUUUUUGGCGUGUCUACAACGGCCGUCGCAAACGUCGGUUCUGUCGGGACUAGAGACGCUGGAGUUGAUGUUGUCGCCUUGUUUGGACUUUGAUAUGGGUGAUAAAACAGCAGAUCGAAGCGAAGCAGCGAAUCGACGACAUUUUGCCGACGCAGGGGGGUACGAAGUGCUACGUUCGUUGCUGGUGCAGUACGGAGCUACUGUUGAGAAGAUGGAAAAGAAAAACGAGGCUGCAGUAGUGCUGCAAGGAGUGCUGAAGGUUUUUAUUGUGACGCUCGUGCCUAGACGGGCAAUAACGGACGCUGUGACGUGUACACAAGCUGUGGAGGCGUUGAUGGACGCUCGGGUAACUUUGCUUGACUUGUGUCACUGCCGAGAUGGUGGCGGCCCUGAAUUAAUGACGCUUGCGAUUCGAUUGGUGAAAGGACUAUUCUGUAUUGUGGACCUUGACCAGGUGCAACGAUUGCAGGAAUCGGCGCGGGAGUAUGGCGCUUUGUUGUACACACUGAAAACAGCUGUGCAAGAAGGUGCGAAUAAAAGAACGAUUGAGCAUGGAAAAGGGGCGGAGAGUAAAGAUGAAGUUGAAUCAAACUUGCAGGAAAUGUGUGUUGACCUCGUUGAGAUGUUUUGUGCUGGCAAUAUUAGCUCGACAGAGACGAUGUACCGUAUAUUUCCAGUGGGUCUUUUUAUGCCAGCAAAGAUUUGUGUGGAGCCCAAAGUACAGCACACGGUGGCAUCACCGCUUUUCGCGAAGACUGCGCUUGGUUCAAGUGGUGGAAGAGCAUUGCCGCACUUUUCGUUUGAGUUCGACCAACCUAGACGCCAAUCAACAGCAACGUCUAAUGUUUUGGGGGCUGAUGGUAGUGUUGGGACCAAACGUAAUCGGUUCGUAAAGUACGCCAGUAAUGCAGGUGAUUUUGGUGGGAGCGCUUUUGAAAUACGGCUCGGUGAAGCGCGUAAAAAGGGAGAACACUGGCGAGAAAUAAUGAAGGCCAUUCUUUGUACACACGAGAGCCCGGAAUUGGUAUGGCGUGUCCCUAUGCGUGCAGAAUUGUAUUCGGCUUUGCGAGGUGAAAUUGAAGCUCAUGGACGUCGUCGGCGACACAUGGUAGAAAAUAAGAUCGUGCAGUUUGGAGAGCGCAUACCGCUCUGGCAUCACGAAAUGUUUGAUGUGCGUUACCCUUCUUUGGAUAAAGAGCUUGUGGUGAAUAAUUACUUUGUGGAAUACCUGAUUCCUCGUGUGGCUGACUUGACGAACACGUACGAGAUUGCUGAGCCCGUACUCUUAGCCUGGCAUCUUUUCGAUCGACUUGCGGUUGAAGACGAUGAGAACCGGACAAUUAUGUGUGCUCGUUGUUUGAGGUUGGUUGUUCGACGCUACGCAAUGCUGUUUCAUGGCCAGAUCCCAGCGCAUUAUGUGCUCGUGCUAUUGCGUGAUCAUAUGAACCACUCGCCUGCUUUUGUUCGCGAAUGUUUCCUUCUUCUCAGUGCUGCCGUCGUUACCUCACGGAACAUUCGCUCGGCACACUUUGGUCAACUUGGCACAAUAGUGGCGCGCACUGUUGUUGAUGUUCUUGCGGAUCCUGCACUAUUAGCAUCGCUGUCAACACCCCUUGAAUCAGUCGAUGAAGUUGACGAGGAUACUUCCGUGCGGUUUGUAGAUCCAGAAGAUAAGGCUGUGGUUAUAGUUAACCAGCGCGAUGGGAUGUUGCGCGCAGGAAUCUCUGUUCUACUUACAAUUACUAGGUCUGACAAGUCCGUUCUGCAACUGCUUCGCCCCAAGCGUAUCUUCCUGUGUCGGCUUAUUGCAGUGGAGACUUUGGACCACGUGACGAUUACCCACAUAUUUUUUCUUUUGGAGCAAUUGGAGCUUCUGGACAAUAAUGGAUGGCUACAGUACUCCUUCCGAAGCAGCAACAACAUCAAGUUGUAUAUCGUUAACUUUGUAUCCCUUAGUAUCGACGGAAUCACGUCUAAGUUCGACAGUUGA